CGAGGCUCCGCCCCCAGUGGGGCUGCCCCGCGUCCCGCCCUCUUCGCGCGGAGUCACGGAGUAGGGGCUCCUGAAGCCAGCUCUGCCGGGCUGUGCUGGUGUCCCCGGACGCAGACCAUGGACAGCGCGCUAGCGGUGCCCCGGCCGCCUCCUCAUGAUCCGGGGACGCCGGCGCUGUCGGUGGUGGACAUGCAUACGGGCGGCGAGCCCCUGCGCAUCGUGCUGGCGGGGUGUCCGGAGGUGGUCGGGCCGACCCUGCUGGCCAAGCGGCGCUACAUGCGCCAGCACCUUGACCACGUGCGCCGACGGCUCAUAUUCGAGCCCCGAGGGCACCGGGACAUGUACGGAGCAGUCCUAGUGCAGAGUGAGCUGCCAGACGCGCACCUGGGCGUCCUGUUCCUGCAUAACGAGGGCUACAGCUCCAUGUGCGGCCACGCUGUGCUGGCGCUGGGCCGAUUCGCCCUGGACUUCGGAUUGGUGCCGGUGCCGCUUGCGGGCAGCCGCGAGGCCCGCGUCAACAUUCACUGCCCGUGCGGGCUGGUGGCCGCCUUCGUGGCGUGUGAGGACGGCCGCAGCCGCGGCCCGGUGCGCUUCCACAGCGUCCCAGCCUUCGUGCUGGCAACAGAUCUCAUGGUGGAUGUUCCUGGACAUGGAAAGGUGGUGGUGGACAUCGCAUAUGGUGGUGCAUUUUAUGCAUUUGUGAGUGCUGAAAAGUUAGGACUAGACAUUUGUUCUGCAAAGACCAGGGACGUUGUGGAUGCAGCGAGUGCAGUGACAGAGGCAGUAAAAGCUCAGUUUAAAAUUAAUCAUCCUGAUAGUGAAGACCUUGCCUUUUUAUAUGGAACUAUAUUAACAGAUGGAAAAGAUGCUUAUACCAAGGAACCAACCACCAACAUUUGUGUUUUUGCAGAUGAACAGGUUGACAGAAGUCCCACUGGCUCAGGAGUGACAGCCCGAAUUGCCUUACAGUAUCACAAAGGGCUUCUAGAACUGAACCAGACCAGAGCCUUUAAAAGCAGUGCAACUGCCUCAGUAUUCACAGGGAAAGCUGUGAGGGAAGCGAAAUGUGGUGAUUUUAAAGCUGUUAUAGUGGAAGUAUCAGGACAAGCCCAUUACACAGGUACAGCAAGCCUUACAGUAGAAGAUGACGACCCACUGAAGGAUGGAUUUCUUCUCAAGUGACUUCUUCCAUGAUUGUAAGGGCUUUCUUCUUAAAGUAAUCAUUAUCCAUAAGUAAUUUUUUCUCUAAAUUAUGUGGAAACCAAUAUUCAAAUUAUACAUAUAAGCUAACUUCCAUUUUUCUAAAAUACUACACUGUGGCUAAAUAUAAAGUCAUUAUACCUCAUAUUUGCAACUGUAUUUUGUUAUAAAUAUCACUUAUGUCUAGCAUACAAAAUGACAGAAAUUUAGAGUCUUUUUCUAGUGAUUAACAUAUCAGGUAAAAUUAAAACAGUUGUUACUUUUAAAAUACUGCUUUAUAGUAAUUACUACUAAUAUCAUAUUUGUUUUAAAGGCUCUUUGAAUAAUAUGUGAAAUUCAGCAAUGAACUUUCCACGCUUAUUAUUUUUCUCUUCCAUUUUUUGAGUAAAAUCCCUCUCUGUAAGCAGCAUAUAAAUGAGAUGGAUUAUUAUAAAGUACUCAAUACUUUGCAUAAUAGCCUGGGAAAG